AUGUCGAGAAUUAUGCAAAAUAACACGAAUUCCAUCAUGGAUAAAAGAAAUGUUACAUCUGCCAAUACUAAAAGAGAGCUACUUCAGAACAGAUUAUCGAAUAGAAGUUCAGAAACUCACAGAAUAGAAUUGGAAGUACCUAGAAGUAAAUGGAAUAUUCUUUCUGAAGUGAUAAAUUGCCAAUUAGGUAGAAAUCUAUUACCUCAAAGAAGGUUCUUUGGUUCCUUACAAGGAGUACGGCAGCUCGAGCUUAAGUAUAAUCUUACUGAUAACGAGAUGUAUGAAGUGCGUUCGUUAAACUUCAAUAAAAAAGGAAAUUUAUUAGUAAAUACCUCUUACAAUAAAAUUCUUAUUUGGAAUUGGACUGCUAGGGAAAGAGCGCUUUUGACUUGCGUAAAAGGCGGCGAGGCCGAAUAUAUAUUUCGAAUCAAAUGGUUCGACACAAACUCCUUGGUUCUUUCUAACUUUAGAGGAGAAAUAUUUUUAGUUCACGUUAAGCGCAAUGUAUUGGAGAGAUUGACGAUGUUUAAUGUAAGAAGCAGAUUCACUGUGGUUCAUGAUGAAACGCCUCAUGUGAUUCUUUGUGCUACUCGGAGAGCAAAAGUGUUCUCCAUCGAUAUUCGACAGAAAGAAAUACAUAAGUAAGUUAUAUUGAUUAAAAAUUUCAAAUUAUAUGUUUGU